AUGACCGGAAUAGUGCAAUAUGUUGUUAUUCGAGGAGACCUUAUAAAAAGUUUAGAGUGGCCUUUGGGAGCUGUUAUAGCUCAAGCUUGUCAUGCUUGUAGUGCUGUAACUCACCUGUUUCAUGAUGAUUUGGUAACUCAAAAUUAUUUGAAGGAUUUGGACAGUAUGCAUAAAGUGGUGCUGGAGGCUCCAAGUGAAGAAACUUUAAAAGAAUUGCACAAAACGUUGGAUGAAAAUAGUAUAAGGCACAAAUUAUGGAUUGAACAGCCAGAAAAUAUACCAACUUGUCUCGUAAUAAAACCGUAUCCCAAAGAUGAGGUUCAUAAGUUCCUCAAAAAGUUGAAGUUGUUUAAAUGAUUUUUCA